AUGGAUCAGCGGUUCCUGAGACCUAAUGGGCGUUGUCCGGUUCCAUUGAAUGAGGACUUCUGGAUGGAUAUCGUGUGUUUCAAUGGUGGUGAGCGGAGCGCUGAAGUCAUGCAUCAGUUGAACCAACGAUAUGCGUUAGAUGUAGAAGCAGAAGUUGAGAGAGCUGUUAGGGAAAAUGAGGGAGCCAUUGGUGAUGCUCUCAUGAAACAGGUAGCCCCAUCAGCAGUAAAUGUGGUUGGUAUACAGUAUGAAAAUUUGAUAAGCCUAAGUUUUGAUCAGGAGGAGUUGAUAAAACAAGAAGAAAAUAGACAGCGACGAAUACGGAAGCGGAUUGUUGAUGCUGCUCUCAGAAAAUAA